AUGCGCACUCCGUCGCCACACAUGCCAACACCGCCUCCAGAAAGUGCUCCAAUUAUAGCACCACCACAUUUCGAGUUUGUAACCACUCCUAGUCCGUGUGACUCAGCUCAUUACGAUUCCAGUAUCACCUCGCACUAUCGCGGCCUACUUCGAGAUGACCAGGAGAUCACUAAGCCCAUCGCGGCAAUAGAGUCGUUGAUUGCACUCCUUGAUGCCUCCCCACCUUCGACUGUAUCCGAGACGCUGGCACUUAUCCAAUCGUACACUUCUACUCUCAAAAGCUCCAUACCUCAGCCUACAGCAUUGUCAGCAGGAACAGAUCUUUUCCAGCGCUACAUAAUCUCGACUCUCCAAUCUGGCGAGACGAAAGACUUCGGAGCAAUCAGAGCACAUCUGUUGGCUAACAGCAAGCUUUUCGUACAACGUGCCAAAGGAGCAAGAAAAAGUAUCGCACGCAUUGCCAAGCGCUUCAUACAAGACAACACCACCAUAUUAACUUGUGGUUCUAGUCGUGUUGUAGCAGACGUAUUGAUGGCAGCUGCAGAUGAUGAGAUAGCUUUUCGUGUCAUCUAUGUCCAAGCAAAUACAAGCGAUGGUCAUCAAUUACUUACACAACUGCGGAAGCAGCAGGUACCUGUUGCUGUCAUUCCUUUUGCUGCACUUGGCAGUAGCAUCUCUCAAGCUCAUUUGGCAAUGAUUGGAGCAGAGAGCGUGGUGGAGAACGGAGGAGUGAUCUCUUCAAUGGGCACAAAACAGGUUUGUUUGCUGGCAAAUUGUUUUAGCAGACCUCUGUAUGUGGUUGCAGAAAGCCAUAAAUUUGUGCGCGUAUUUCCUUUGGGACCAGAAGAUCUCAAAUUCAAAAGCAGUGUGCUCAACUUUGAGAAAUCAGACAGUCAGACAGACGAGCAUGCUGCGUACCACACUGCAGCGGCAGAGGAUCUCUCGAAUUUCGACUUCACAAGCCCUGAGCUGAUUACGGCAAUCAUCACGGAAACUGGGGUUCAGACACCCAGCGCUGAAUCAGAGAUUGUAUUGAAUAUGUCUGUGCUCUGGAGUAAAGCUACACGUCUCUCACCAGUAUCCCUCCGAUAUGCGUCGUCCGUCCGGCAAUUCUCACAAAACUUCCGCCUUUCUGCACUGAGCGAGGCUGACCAUAGCAUGGAUGAUGAUGCCAAGCGAAAAACAAUAGAGGAACACAAAGACGACCAGUUAGCAAAACAGAAAGAAGGCAAAGGCCAUUGGAAGCGCGAACUGGCUACUAGCUCGGAGAGCGCGGUCAUUGCAGACAAAUCAGAAACAACGAACCUUGAGGACGAUAUUGCGGCAUUGCAGAAGGAAACAGGCGAGGCUCUCCAAGCAGACCACGAGCACGGGAAGAAGUGA